CACACAAGAGGAGAGACAGAGGGAGGACGCUUUGGAGGGAAGAAGGAGCAGUCGAGACCAACACUGAUAGACAAAGUCGGACACGCACGCACUCAAGAGGAGAUAUGCCAAAUUUCGCAGGCACUUGGAAAAUGAAAAGCAGCGAGAAUUUUGACGAGUUACUUAAGGCGCUGGGUGUGAACGCAAUGUUGAGGAAGCUCGCCGUAACGGCUGCUUCCAAGCCUCACGUGGAGAUCCAGCAGAAUGGCGAGCAAUUCUACAUCAGGACUUACACCACGAUCCGGACCACAGAGAUCAACUUCCGCAUUGGCGAGGAGUUCAAUGAGGAGACGGUGGAUGGAAGAAAGUGUAAGAGUCUGGCCACUUGGGAGACGGAAAACAAAAUGUACUGCAAACAGACUCUACUGAGCGGCAACGGGCCAAAAACCUUCUGGACCAGAGAGCUCAGAGGGGAUGAACUCAUUCUGACUUUUGGAGCCGACGACGUGGUGUGCACCAGGAUCUACAUGAGAGCGUAGGCGCAAACUGAUUCUGCAAAACUCCCAAAAUAUACAACCCCACUACCCACAACCGCCUUGCCAUGCCGUUUCAUAUAUUCAUAAAAACACAAUGAUAUGAAUGUAUCUGCAUAAUCCCAAUAUCUAUUUGCAGCACUGUGUUUCAUACCACGCCAUAUAUUUGUUUUCUCUCGUAAAUCCCAAAGUAAUAAAAUACAGCUUCCAUUCAA